AUGAGUGUGUCUGAACGAGUUGAAAGGAGUCGAUAUUUUGCUGGUAGUUGGCUGUUGGAUGCUUCUAUGGAUGUGCAAAGAUUGCCAUUGCCAGCGGUUUAUGAAUUGGCCCAGGAAUAUCGAAAUCAUGCGUAUGCGGUGAGCAAACGGGUUAAGACUGAGUCGCAGCUCAGUCAGUACUAUACUUUGAUCUCGAUGGCUAUCAGGGUUCUGAGGUAUAUUAAACAAGCGUACCCUUUGUCGAUUGAACAGGACGCCAGAGCGACCUUUGACUUGGUCGAUCUCUUACUGAAAGAGACGCAUGAUCUGGAUAUGGCUGAAUCAUAUUUGUCUAGUCUCCGGGAACGACUGCUCAAUCAUCAGAUGUCUGGCUCUCGCAGCUCGGUGAUGGGUUUGAGAAUGCAUUGUGAGCUUCUGUUGCUGUGUCGAGUGCCAACUGAGAGGAACACUAAGUUUCAUUAUAAAGCGGCGUUGCGGAGCUGUGAGCAGCUUUUGAAAUAUCUAAUUGAGCUGAAAGACACUGACAGAUCGUUUGAAGACUGGAUAGAAGUGUUCCGCUACGUCAGUCUGUCUCUGAAUAGGAAACUUGGGAAGCAUUCUAUCGUCAAGGCGAAAUAUGCUGAACUUUCUGAAGUGGGAAGCCAUCACGUCCAAUGGCGAAGUUUUAUUACGCUAACUCACGUCAAUUACCUUCUGAAUAAUCGACUGCCUGUGCCGUUGCCAGACUGGCAACGGCUGGAUAGUAUACGAAUUCAAGACGUGCCCCCGCGAUGGUACGCUUGGAAGCUGUUGCUGGAAUUGGUAAUGCAGAUCUACGAGGACAAAAAUAUUACGCAGAGAUUAUUGCAGUUUAAGGCUUUAUUUGCGGAGUACAAAACAUCUUUGGAUUAUACUUGUGAUGACUGCAAUGUUGAAAUGGCGAAAGGGCUUACGCUUUCCUUGAACUCUUCCUUUUUGCUCAGCUAUAAGGACAUCAAGAACCUCUUAUUACUACUGCAAAGUGUUAGCUAUUUGGUAAACUGCCAUGACAAAAAAGCCAAUUUCUCGAUUAAAUUUUUGGCUAAAGUAAUGAGUUCGACGAAAAAAUCUUUGGAAGCGCCAGAUAUUCUAAAUGAUUGCUCAAUCGGCGAUAUUGACGUGAAGGUUUCGUGGUAUGCUAAGGUUCUAUCCCUUUCGCAGUUUUAUCAAGUCUGGCAAAAUAUGUUGCUAGUGGCUGAGGCUCCGUCACUUCCGAAUCAACACAUCUCGAAUAAGCAUCAGUCGGAACUGUUAAUUGCAUUGUCCUCACACUUGAGUCAUGAAGAUGAGCUUCUUGUAUGCCAGCAAUAUGAAGCGCUAACCGAAAGUAUCGAUGUUUCAAACGAGAUUAGAUUAAUCGCAUUGGUAAACAGUUAUUUGAUCAGAACAACACUAGUCAGCCGAAAUGUUGGAAGGCAGGAACAGGCAAAACUCUGUAACAGCCUUUGGGAGCAAAUAGUCAAGUGUUGGACUGAUUCAGAUUUGCGCAAUAGCACCACUUUAGAUUGCACGUUGACUAUGGUCUGGAUAAUGUCGCACUUUGAACCGUUCACAUCAAACCCGAUGCCAGCAGGAGAGAGCGACAAAAGCCAGCAACUCGAAAAAUUGAGACAGUAUUACUUUGCAAAUAAACUAUCCCUUGCUGAUGACGUACCGUCAAGGAUAGAGCCUGAAGAUAUUGCAGGAGAUAGUGUAGAAGAAAGCUUGAGCUUGAAGAAAGGUCUGAUGAUGCAAAUUCUUCUGAAUUACUUAGGCGGACGGCUGUUCGAGCAAGAUUUGGAAACUAUAUGCCAGAUUUCUGCCAAAUGCUAUCGCUUGGCUAAGUUGCAGAACUUCCCUAUCGUUUUCUAUGCGGUUGGUUUUUGGCAUUUGACCAACUGCACGAUUGCCAUGAAGACUAAAGAGGCGACGAUCAUGUCAGCAAAACUGGAGGCCCUGGAGAAAAAGCUUCAGAAGCAUGGGCUGUAA